UUUAAUGUAAAAAUCAAAAAAUAAUAAAUUAAUAUUCAAAAAAUUAAAAACACACCAAAAAGAACUUCCAAAAAUGAUGCUCGACAACCAAAUCACAUCCCUAGACACCCAAACAUACGGAUACGAAAUAAUGGAUACAAAUCUUCCAGCAAUUGAUAAAUUAACAAGUGCAACAAGUGUAUCAUUAAAAUAUUGGAAUCCAGCAACAGAUGAUGAUCGCUCCAACAACAAUCACUCUGCUACUGCCGCUGUUAUACUUAAAAAUGAAUCAAAAAUGUCAGACAUCAUUGGACACCAUAAAAGAUCCAGAACAGCAUAUACUAGCAUUCAGUUGGUAGAACUUGAGAAAGAAUUCAACAUUAACAAAUAUUUGUGCAGACCACGUCGUAUUGACCUAGCCAAUCGCCUUCAGUUGACUGAGAGACAAAUUAAGAUCUGGUUCCAAAACCGCCGCAUGAAGCACAAGAAAGACACCAGCAAUGUUAAAUCCGCCAACAAAUCAUCCCCAUCAUCUCCAGUCUCGUCAUCAGACAGUAUUAGCAACCAGCAAAUUUUACAACAAUCACCAAAACAACAAGACACAAUAAAAGUGGACGAAUGUCAUCAAAAAAUAGUCAAGAGAUUAAUGUUACAUUCACAAUAUUAUCCAUCAACAAGUGCAGUCAAAAGUGAAGGGAACAUUUCGCCACCAAAUCAAAAUAAUGUAGCUCAAGUCACGUCUUAUCCUUAUACAGUCUCACAUUAUCCAACAUCGGCUUACAAUUAUCAUCAUCAAAUCUACAGUCAUAAUAAUAACAACAAUAAUGUUAUGAUGAAUGAUUAUUAUCAAAAAGACUAUGGCUUGGUACAACAGCAGCAGUCGAUGCAAAAUUCAUAUGCAUACAGCACAAUCAACACAUGUCUCACAACACCACCACCAUUAUCAACACCGCCUUCCAUCAGUAAUUUUGAUUGCUCUCCAUCAAGCAGCGAUUACAUUUUCAAUGGCGACUUUAAUUUGAACUUUAACGGUUCCGAUUUUGAUGCCUCAUUUCCUCUCAUUGACGGUAUCAAUAGUAGUAAAUCGUUACAAUUUUUCGAUAAUGAUCAGACACUGGAAAUAAAGCAAUUAUCGCCGAUUAAAAUUCAAUCAUUUGAUGAUGAUGAUGAUGAGAAGAAAUGCUUUAGUGAUGAGAAUGAUGUUGUGAGCAGUAGCCAAUCGAUACAAUUACCAUCUGUUGCUGUAAAUUGGAAAUUUAGUGAGCCACAAAUGGCGGCUUCUUAUUAAGAAUUUUUAUUUUUUCUUUGUGGGAUUUGAAUUUUUGUUGAGAUGUAUUUAGCUUAUCAUCUUUUAUGUAAAUUGUAGAUUUGAGAUUUUACUUUCGAAAUUGAAUUUUUCACUUUCGAAAUUAAAUAUUUCACUU